CCACGUCCGGUCUUCCUUUUCCGCACUUGCAAGAAAGGGGACAAGGUCACGAAAAAAGGUCUUAGUGUGGUAGCGCCAUUUUUUCCGCUUUCAGUUUAUGUCCGUUUCGCAGGGCUUCCAACAGCAAAAUGUUGGGACAGAGCAUUCGGAGAUUCACAACCUCUGUGGUCCGUAGAAGCCACUAUGAGGAAGGUCCAGGGAAGAAUUUGCCGUUUUCGGUGGAAAACAAGUGGCGGUUACUAGCUAUGAUGACUUUGUAUUUUGGAUCUGGAUUUGCUGCACCUUUCCUUAUUGUAAGACACCAACUGCUUAAAAAAUAAGGAUGUUUUAGUUAAUCCAUAAAACAGAUAUGAAGAAGAGCAUUUUAAGAGGUGCAGUCUCUUUGAAAAAAUGGAUCAAACUGUUGAACUCGACAUACUAGAUAUGUUUGUAAAUAAACUUAAUGGCAUGAAUCCAUAAUGCCUCUUCUCUGAAAUACAAAAUGUGAUAAUUGGGCAUCUGUGUACUUUUUUUAUUUGGGUAUUAUUCCAUUAUCAAAACCUAUGUGAUUUAGCUUGUUACUCUGUCUUAAAUUCUGAGAUUUUAUUUAAUUAUUAAUUGCCAGUUAUUAAUCACGAUGUUGGUAUUUCUGUUAUAAAAGAGAAAUGCAAACUUGACUUGAAGUCUGUACUGAUUCCCCUUUUAUUUAAAGGGGGAGGAAAAAGUUACUUUUAGUCUUCCCCUCUUCUUUGAAGGAGUAAAUUGCUUUUUUUCAUGAAGUUUUUUUUUUUUAAUGGAAAAAACUGUACGAGGAAAACCAGUAGUGUAUACAGAUUAAAGUACAAGAACUUCAUUUUUUUUAAUCCACCUAUACCCUAAAACUGAAACUUUUGUCUUAGUAAAUGUGCC